CACGGCCCCAGCCAAAGGAGCUGCGUGGCUAGGCCCCGGCCAGAGUCUCCCCGCUCCUCAGUCGGCCUCCGGACGCCGAGCCGCGAACAUCCUCCGUUCUCUGUCUCUCUCUCUUUCUCUCGCGCUCUCGACGUUCUCAGUGUCUCGUUCGCUCUCGUCGUGCAGCGAUGCCGGGAAAGAACGAAGAUCCGUGCGGAUGUGGGACUCGACCCGUGACGGUGUCCAUUCACCCGACCACGGGUGGCCAGUUCGAACUCCAGACCUCAGCCGCGGAAUCCGUGGAUUCGCUCAAGAAGGCCAUCUCGAAGAAGCUCAAAGUCCCCAAGGAGCGAAUCUGCCUCCUCUAUCGAGACAGGCAUCUGCGAGACGGGAGUCUGACCGAGAACUCCGUCGGCGAUGGGGCGAAGAUUACCCUACUUCCCAGCGUCGAGUCCGGCCUCCUGAAAGGCCUUUUCUCCGCGGGACUCUUCAUUGUCUCCUCAUCGAUCCCGUCGAAGGACUUGGGAGAGAAUGGACCGCUGGAGGACAAUAUCUCUCGGUGUAUAAUGGACCCUCGUCGUCGAAGGAUCCAUGGAUUCCAUUUUAAAGAUGGCCUUUUCUUGUCGGUGGGGGAACAGGCCCAUCGAAGGAGGGAGGGAGAGAGAGAGAGAGAGGAGAGAGAAAAAAGACUCAUGCGAAGGAGGCAAUGCGGCGAGGCGACCCACUUCCCCGGUUCUUUCCACUUGGAGAUCCUGCUCGGUCCAAGACGGGUAUCUUCUCCGUGA